AAAUUCUAUAGGCGCGGCAAUUGCAUUAGACGCAACUCUUAAGAUUCUUUUGAUAAAUACUCAUGCAUACUACCACUGCUUAAUUGACUGACUACCUUGUUCCAAAUCAAUUUAUUGUGUUAAUAUUUUCAAAUAGAGAUCUCUCUCCCUUUGAAACACACAUAAAUGUUUAGCCGUGUCCCUCUAGCGGAUGAAUUUAACCAUUUCGCUCUCUGUGCUCGUGCAACUUUAUCUCAUCAAGCUGAAAAAAAGAUUCAUUCAAUUCUAAACUGUAGACAACUUUCAUUCAAGAAUAAUUUAUGUAAUUCUAAGGAUGAAAUGAAUCAUUUACAACAAAUUGUUACCAGUAGUAACAGUAAUAUUAAUUCUGGUAUAAUAAUACCUACUAACAAUGGAAACAAUACUAUUACUACUACUCCUACUUCUGCUGCUAACAAUAAUAUCCAAUCUAAUCAAUGUGUAACAACUGUACGUCAUUCAACUAAUUGUAAUGAACGUGUGAAACGUCAUCAUUGCACAGAUUGUUCAAAAUCAUUUCAUCGUGCUAGUGAUCUAGUUAAACAUCGUCGUACGCAUACAGGUGAAAAACCAUUUGCUUGUAUGCAAUGUGGUCGUGCAUUUGCCGAUUCAAGUAGUCUAUCUGCGCAUAAACGAAUACAUACCGGGGAACGUCCAUAUCAUUGUUGUGAUUGUGGUAAAAGUUUCUCUGUGUCAAGUAGUCUAGUAAAGCAUAGACGUAUACAUACUGGUGAAAGACCGUAUCGUUGUGAAUUUUGUGGUAGAUCAUUUUCUGAUAAUAGUAGUUAUAGUGCACAUAAAAAACGUAGUCAACGAUGUACACCUGUUACAAGUAGUAAUAAUAAUAAUAAUAACAAUAAUAAUAAUACUUCUACAUUUAAUCUCCUUGCUAAUGGUAUUGAUUGUGAAAAAACAAAAUGUGAAGGUUGUGCUUUCUUGGAUCCACAUACACAAGCAAUUAUACAUCCUGCAGCGGCUGCAGCAGCUGCUGCUGUGUCUGUUGAACACUUUUUAACUAAUUCAAAUAUUGGUAUGCCUAAAAUGAAUGCUGGUAAAUUUUGUCCAACUUCUUUAAAUUUAACAUUUCCUAAUUCAUCGAAUACUAUCCCAGCUACAGCGUUAACAUAAAUUACAAAGGAAUGUUUGUUACACAUUUGACACAAUAAUGUAUAAAUAUGAUUUUCGUAGUAUUAUAUCUAUCUAUCUAUAUAUAUUAUGUUUGUUUUUUUACUUUAUAAUAAACCUAUUCAAAAUAGACAUUGUUUUAAUCCAUUGCGACAAUCAUUUGUUUUAAUAAAUUAUCAAUUAUAUUUAUAAUAACUCCAAAGUUGAGUAAUUUUCUUUUUUUUUUUUUUGCGGUGCGUUCAUUUUAUAAUUCUAAAAUUAAUUUUUUUCUUAUCCUUCCAAACCAUGUUCACAUGUUCUUUUCUUUUUCUGUUGUAAAAAAAAAAGUAAAAAAUGGAAUUAUUUUCUGACUGAUGGAUGAUUUAUUUACUUCAACUUAAAUAUACUACUUACAAAUGAGCACAUGUAUAUUUUUACAUGUUGAUGAUUUGUAUGUUAAUAUCAUUAAUGUUUGGGAUAUUA